CUCCCCGCCGUCGCCCUCCCCCAGGGUUGUGGCCACGCGCAGCGGCGGCGGUUGUUCCGCUUCCCCUCCGGCCCGGGCCGUCGCCAUUGCCGAAGGCUCCCUGCCCUCCCCUGCCGGCGCCCGCGGGGCUCGGCUGCCGCUCGGCCUAGCGGUAGCAGCGGCUGCGCUCCAGCGCGGCUUGUCUUCCCGCCCCGCUUCCCCUUCCGUCCCCGCCUGCCCCGCGCCGCGCGCUUGCCCGGGGCGGCUCCGGAGCCCGCCGGGAGCUCGGACCGAGGCGCCUAGCUGGGGCGGGGACCUUUCCUCGCCUGGGGCCGUAUCAUAAUUCCAAAUCAUGUCUGAUAACGGAGAACUGGAAGACAGGCCUCCAGCACCUCCUGUGCGAAUGAGCAGUACCAUUUUCAGCACCGGAGGCAAAGACCCUUUGUCAGCCAAUCAGUUGAAGCCAUUGCCCUCUGUUCGAGAAAAAAAGCCCAGGAAUAAAAUCAUCUCUAUAUUCUCAGGCACGGAGAAAGGAAGUAAGAAGAAGGAAAAAGAACGGCCAGAAAUUUCUCCUCCAUCUGAUUUUGAGCAUACCAUUCAUGUUGGCUUUGAUGCGGUUACUGGAGAAUUCACUGGCAUGCCAGAACAGUGGGCUCGAUUAUUACAGACCUCUAACAUUACCAAACUAGAGCAAAAGAAGAAUCCUCAGGCUGUGCUGGAUGUCUUAAAGUUCUAUGACUCCAACACGGUGAAGCAGAAAUAUCUGAGCUUUACUCCUCCUGGUAAGACAAAAGAUGGCUUCCCUUCUGGAACACCAUCACUGAGUACCAAGGGAUCAGAAACUUCUGCAGUAGUAACAGAGGAAGAUGAUGAUGAUGAAGAGGCUGCUCCUCCUGUUAUUGCCCCACGACCGGAUCAUACAAAAUCAAUUUAUACACGGUCUGUAAUUGACCCUAUUCCUGCACCAGUUGGUGAUUCUAAUGUUGAUAGCGGUGCCAAGUCUUCUGACAAACAGAAAAAGAAGACCAAAAUGACAGAUGAAGAGAUUAUGGAGAAACUAAGAACUAUUGUGAGCAUAGGUGACCCUAAGAAAAAAUACACAAGAUAUGAAAAAAUUGGGCAAGGGGCUUCUGGUACAGUUUUCACUGCUACUGAUGUGGCAUUGGGACAGGAGGUUGCUAUCAAACAGAUUAAUUUACAGAAACAGCCAAAGAAGGAAUUAAUCAUUAAUGAGAUUCUGGUGAUGAAAGAAUUAAAGAAUCCCAACAUAGUUAACUUCUUGGACAGUUACCUGAUGGGAGAUGAACUGUUUGUGGUAAUGGAGUACCUAGCUGGGGGAUCACUUACUGAUGUUGUGACAGAGACCUGCAUGGAUGAAGCACAGAUCGCCGCUGUCUGCAGAGAGUGUUUACAGGCAUUGGAGUUUUUACAUGCUAAUCAAGUGAUCCACAGAGACAUCAAAAGUGACAACGUGCUUUUGGGGAUGGAAGGAUCCGUUAAACUUACCGACUUUGGGUUCUGCGCCCAGAUCACCCCUGAGCAGAGCAAGAGAAGUACCAUGGUUGGAACGCCAUACUGGAUGGCACCAGAGGUGGUUACACGGAAAGCUUACGGCCCUAAAGUGGACAUAUGGUCUCUGGGUAUCAUGGCUAUUGAGAUGGUAGAAGGAGAGCCUCCAUACCUCAAUGAAAAUCCCUUGAGGGCUUUGUACCUGAUAGCAACUAAUGGAACUCCAGAACUUCAGAAUCCAGAGAAACUUUCCCCAAUAUUUCGGGAUUUCUUAAACCGUUGUUUGGAGAUGGAUGUGGAGAAAAGGGGUUCGGCCAAAGAAUUGUUACAGCAUCCCUUCCUGAAACUGGCCAAGCCCUUGUCCAGUCUGACACCACUGAUCAUGGCAGCUAAAGAAGCAAUGAAGAGUAACCGUUAACAUCAUUGUCGUGGCCUCGUGUUCUUUCUUCCAUUUUCUAAAAGAAAUCUUUUAAUAUAUGAAAAUGAUUACUCUUUUGGGGUUUAAAGAAAUGGUCUGCAUAACAUGGAGGAAAAAGCAAACUACUACUUCCUGAAGACAGCCAAGAGAAAAUUGCAAAACAGAAUGACAGCUUUCUAUUGACUCCCUUCUUUAUAGGGUCCAAAAGGAAUUGCAGACUGAAUCACUAGCCUUAACUUCUUUCAGCAGACAGCCCAUCAGGGCCAUUUUAUAGUGUUUGAGAUUUGCAUUUUAUUUUGCUGACUUCAUCAUAAUAGAUCCCAUUCAUUGUCCCUUUUGGGGAGUAUUUUCAAUACUUGAAUGGCAGAUUCGAGUUUUUCAGAGUAUUUGUUUCAUCUGCUGGUCGUCUUUUCUCUCUUCUUCAUAGCCUUCUUUUUCCUUGCCUUGCUCCUUUGAGUUGCUUUGAGAAAUUUUUCUUGUGCCUAAAUUGAAGGCAGAUGUAAUAAAAACUAUGUAGCUCCUUAUAUUGGCAAAGGAGCUCAAAAUCGGUUAGCUAUGUAUAGAAGUUAGGGCCAGCUUUUACUACCUGUAGUAUUUCAGUUCAUAAUUUGAACUGAAGGAAGGGAAGAAAAAUACGUGAUUUUUACCUUUUUAAACAAAUGUGAAAGAGUCAAUUUUAGAAAUUUCCUAGUAGUGAGUUGUUUGGCAUUUGUUACAUGUAUAGAGAGACUAAUAAUCUAUAUUUAUAACUAAAUCAUUGAGACAGAAAAAGAAUCCCAUUCAUUAUGCAUCCUUACAAUUUUGUUUCUUUUCUGACUGUGUCCUCUCCAGAUUGGGCUUCAGGAACCAAAGUGAUUUUUUCUUUCUUGUCCAACUUGGGCUUUGUGACUGGUUGCUACCGCUACUUUGCCCUUUCUCCUUUUACCUUCAUUUUGGAAAUAAGUUUCUGUAUAUGUUGUAAUUUUAGUUAGUUUGUUUUUUAAUUAACCCUCUCUCACCCCUCCUCCUCUGGUAAAUAAUAUAAUAACCAUUGAAUUUUCAGAAUUUAAAAGUUAAGUUUUUUCCAUUUAAAGGAGAAAAAUACUUGGAGCUAGCAGAAACAAAGUGAGAGGCUAGAACUUCAGUGAGCUCUAAAAUAAUUAGAUAAGAUUAUAUUCAUGAAAGAGAAAUGACGGUUACAUAGAGAUGCAGCUUCUGACCAGUAAAUUGUAGAGAUUUGUUAUAAAUAUUGUUUCCGGCCCAUAACCAAGAUUUUACUAUGUAUGAGAACUUAAGUCACUUAAGUACUUGAUAAAUUCGUGGAUUAUUUGAGAUGUUGAGUUACUUUAGAUUUUUUUCAAAAAUAAGUGUGUAAAAAAACUGGAGAAGAAAAAUGAAAUGUGCUUGUUAAUAGCAAUACUUUUUUUAUUUUAAAAAUUUGAAGAGGGUCUGUGACCUGUAGCAUUAGUUAUGAGAGUAUCCUUUCUUCUCCACCCCCCCCUUCUGGUCUCUUUUCUCUCCUUAUAUUUUGUUAUUCUGCUUGUGGAAGCGGUGUCAUCCCUUCUGACAUGCCACAAGCCGCAUAAAAGAAAAAAAAUCUGGUUUGGUUCAGACGGUUUGUUCCCCACUACCACUUAUCAUUAACUUCACACCUAUUUGCCAUCCUGCAGUAGUACAGGUCAUGAAUAAAAAUAAUUUUGAUAUUUUGGAAACAUUAGGGGAACGAAUAGUGUUUUAUUUCCUAUCUUUUUCAUCACAUCUGUGUUAAGAUAUAAGGAUAGCAGUGGCUGUUUUUUAUUGAUAAUGCAAGAAGGUUUUCAUAAGACUGAGUAAAAUAGUGAAACUUGUAUCUAGAGCACUUAAUGGUCUCUAUUUUCAGUUUGAUUCUGGAUUUCAUUUUUCUCUGGAUUAUUUUGGCCACUUGCAGCUAUUACUAAAUUACAGAAACAGGCUGGUGUAUUUCUGAUGAAAAUCUGCAGUGCCUCUUGAGUUUCCGAUUUGAACAUUCUAUGUCAGUAGUUGUUUGGAUGGAUUACGAUAAAGAAGAUGCUACCAAUGAAAUAGAAAACCAACUAGAUGCUAAGACUGAUCGUCAUGAUCAACUCUAGAAGGCCCUUCCCUACCUAUGUCAUAAAGACCAUGUUCUUUGAAUACAGUGCCAAUGCCCCAUUUUUAUGCCUGUGACUCAACAAAGGUCUUUUCAGUUUAUAGAAGCAGUUUGGGAUUUGUAUUUACAACAACUUUGAGGGUUACCUGCACGUCCAUUGCUGGCAACGGACUUUGUCAUUAAAACCUGACUCCUAGGUUAAGGGAGCUACACUGUGGUUUAUUCUUUACUUACUUGGAUAAACUAACUUGUAAUAGCAAUGUACUUUGGUUAAUUCUGAAAUGUGUCAUUUUCGAACAAAAUAAUCCUAAAGGCAAUAUGGAAUUGUGAUUUAUUAGUUAAUUUUAAAUUAAAAUGUUCAGAUCUUGUUGAAAGAAAAAUUACAUCUGAAUCAAGAUUCAUGUUUUUUUUAAUGACUACCUUUUGUAUUCACCCUUUUUGUCAUCACUUUAGAAUGAAAAUUCCCAUUUAAUUCUAAAAGUUACCUUAGUCUCCUCUUGUGUUAUGAAAACAAUAUUACUAUAAUAUUUAUUGUAUUUCAGACUCUCUGGUGGUCUUAAAGUUUCCUUCUCCUCUUGUUCCUUUUGCUGCUUUUAGGGACAGUUAAAACUGGGAACCAUGAAAAUAGUGAAUAUUAUAUCCUACCUGAGACUAGUAAAAAAGUAGAGCAGUUGUGGUAGCAUAAGAAAUCAAAGCUAACACAACUCUUUUUUCAUGUAUUGAGUGCCUGGCACAUAGUAUAAAUUCUCUACCCUUCCACACAUAAAUAUUAAGCUACUUAAAAUGUAUCCAGUUACCACCAGUCCUGAAUGAACCUGUGCCUUUAAUAAGCAAUUUAAAACUACCUAUGAGUAUUUCUUUAUAGGGUUCACAUAAAUACAUGUCUGUUUAUAUAUACUGUAUUCUAGCCAGAACAAUUUCAGAUCUAAUUGGGCUGUAGUAUUAUAGCUAGAAAAAAACGGGUGCUUAAAGAAUUUGCAUCAGUUUUUUAAUCUAAAAAUGUUAAAUAUAAUGAGAUCCAUAUCCAGUGAAAUGUGAAAAAUAAAAAACCAUUGUAGAAUUAGCGUUAAAAUCCAGAUUCAUACUCCUUUUGGGUUUUUUAUAGUGGAAUUUCAUCGUUAUAUAGAACGAAAAUUGUCUUCCUUGUUUCCAUUGCUUCCAUAGUAGGUAAGCUAGACAAUUAAAAUCAGUUUUCCCACAGGGUGUGUAUAUGUGGGUUUGUAAGAAAGGGAAAAAAAACACAGAAAAAAAUGCAGAUACAGUUUUUAGUCACUGAACACAUUUAUUGACCACUUUGGCAAAGACACUGUGGUAGCUAUUGUGGGAAUUACAAGGGAGAAUCAAGCACUGGCCUGCCCUUGAGAGAGCUGAAGUCCUUUUCACUCGCCAUUCUAGAAUGUUGCCAAAUGAAAGGGAGAAAGAAAUGUAUAAUUCUGUCAAACAAAUUUUCAUUAUGUAUUAAGAAAAGCAAAGAAUUAUAUUUAGAAUUGGACAUCUUUGGUAGGAAUGUGUUACCUUUUUUUCCCCUUAUUUUGGUAGAUAGAAAUGGAAUUAACUGAAAGUAGUUUGUCUUUUCUGUUUUGUCUUCAAAUUUUAUAUUGACUUUUAUUUUUAAUUUAAUCCCGUUCAAUUAUUUAAUUGUUACCUUGACAUUAACUGCUGUAUUUGAUGACUUUGUUCAAUAAUUUUGUUCUUUCAGGGCUAGAAAUAAACUUUUUUUUUAUGUUCA